AUGACAGGUCCUCCGUCUCCCAAGCGCCAGCGCACCGAUGACAACCAUCCUGACGACAAGGUGCAGAAGGUUCUUGAGUCCGUUAAGGAGGUGGAGGAGGAGCUUGAGAAGGCGAACGUGGAGCUGGCCAAGGAGACCCUCGUCAUCGAGACCAAGUACAAUGCCAAGAAGCGCCCAACAUACGUCAAGCGCAACAAGCUGCUGGCCGACAUUCCGCACUUCUGGAAGAAAGUGUUUGUGAACCACCCGCUCGUGGGCAACUACAUGACCGAGGAAGACGAGAUGAUCAUGGACUUCUUGCAGGACUUUGACAUUACGUUCGUGGGCGAUGACGGAAGUUUCAAGCUGGAGUUUACCUUCCAGGAGAACGAGUACUUUUCACCCACGACCUUGUGGAAGCAGGUCACGUUCUCGGUGGACGGAGAAGAAGUGGAGGUCACCGCCUCCGAGCUCACCUGGAAAGACAAGGCUGAGAUGACCGAGGAGUCAGAGAGGUUCCCUUUCUUUCAGUGGUUCGUCUCGACUGACGGUGAUCAGGACGUUGCUGAGAUAAUCAAGGAGGAGAUUUGGAAGAGCCCCGUGCAGUUUUACGAGAUGGAUGACGAAGAUGAAAGUGAGGGCGAAGUCGAAGAAGGCGAGGGCGAGGAGGAGGAGGAGGAGGAGGAGGUCGACAGCGACGAUAAGGAAUAAAUCUGCCUCUACUUACCGGACGAUGGGCAGCCGCUCAGAGACGCCAACAUUGCCAAUAAUGAAUUCUCUUUUGGCUCCUCC